CCUGCGCGUCUCUGGUGGCAAAGCGGCACUCCCGUCGGACGCGACCGAGGCACGGCGGGGAGCUCGCAACCACACGACUGCUGUGCGUUCCGAGGCAACUGAACCCAGCUGGAGUUCCAGCACGUAACUCUUCGGCCCACCUGAGCACAACCUGUGGGCUUGCCCGCCUGAGACGCCCGACGCCGCGGACGGGGGCGACCCAAAGAAGAAGGACACCAUGUCGACGGCCCGGACCGAGACGCGCACGAGCUCCUGGCGCACGCCUACUUUGAGAGGCCUCCGUCAGUCGCUCUCCGUCACGAGAAGGACAAAGCAGCCGGUCGAGGAGCCUCUACAACUGGACGCGGGCGGCCUGCGGAAAGCAUUAGCAAUUGGCAGCGACCUCAUAGCAUCGCCGACCGUGGACCACGUGCGCCAGCAGCGCGCCUGGGAUUGCGGACUCGCGUGCGUCCUCAUGGCGGCUCCGCACGCGCGACGACAAACCAAGUCGGAGGUGAAGUGGAAUGACGUGGAGAAGGCCUGCGGCACGCGCUCCGUCUGGACCGUGGAUUUGGCCUUUGCAUUAAGGGCGUUGGGCUGUCGGGAUUUUCUCUUUUUAACGAAGACGACGGGCUGCGAUCCUUCCUACGCGCGGCUCGCGUUCUAUCGGCGGGACCUCGGCGCUGAUUCUACUAGAAUCCAGUCGCUGUUUCGACGGGCGCAGAACGGGGAGGUUUCCGUGAAAAGGGCAGUCGCGACAAGGGACGGGCUGCUCGAGGUCCUGCGGACGGGGCGGGUCCUGGCGAUCGCGCUCGUCGAUUUGCGGCUGCUGCACGCGCGCGCGGCGCGGACGUCGCUUCUACCUAGGUCGUACACGGGCCACUACGUGUUGCUGGUGGGCGCGGAGGGCGACCGCGUGCGCUACCGGGACCCGGCGGCGGACCGCGCGGAGCUGGUGAUCGACGCGGAUGAUCUGCAUCGGGCGCGCGUCGCGCACGGCACGGACGAGGAUUUGAUCCUCGUCGCGGUGGAUACCUCGGAGACGGCGGAGGCGCUGCCGCCGAUCCGGGGCGUAAGGUAG